AUGGAGAGCUCCGCCAACACCCGCCGCAUAGACCCGCUCGCCGACCUCUGGGAGGCGACGGAGAAGAACGCGCGGGAGGCGCGCGAGGAGAAAGAGAGGGUGGAGCAGGCGAAGGCGGGCGCGGCCAUGGCGGCGCAGGAGGAGGCGGACGCGGCGGCCAAGGCUCAGGCCGACGCCGCGGCUAAGGCCCGGGAGGAGGAGGCGACCAAGGCCCAGGCAGACGGAGCCGCCGAGGCACAAGCAGGAGGAGCUGCGGGUAGCCAGGCUCCACAGCUGGUCAUCCCGCUGCGCUCCAUGCCGCCGGCGCCAGGGAUCUCGGUGCCGACUGGAGCGGCCGGCAAUGACCAGCCGUUCAUGGAGAGGGAGGGCGGUGAGGCCGUCGUUCCCAGGGCGGAGGUGCCCCAACCGACGCCGGCUGCCGAGACUCAGGGUAGUCGUCCUAAUGCGCCAUCGGCGCCUCAAGUCGGUGGCGGGUUGGUGGUGGGGGUGACUCCCGUGGCCCGCACUCCGGCGCGUCGGCGUGCGGCCAAGGCGACUUCGGCGCCGCGUCCUCAGGAGAUCGGAGCCUCGAGCUCGUCGGCCCCGGAAGCGGAGGCCACCAGUGCCGUCCCGCAGGAGUGGACGACUGGGGGCGGGACGAGCGUCCUGAACAAGGCUGCGCACGAGGUCCACUCCCUACUUCAGGCCCAAGGCGACGCCCUCAACGACUACAUGGAGAAGUUCCUGGCAUCGCGAGCCGCCGUCCGGGAUUACCACAACGUUCGCGCGGCCGCCUACAACUCCCAAGUCCGGGAGCUGGCCAAGCGGACCGCCAAGCUAACCGACAGCCGGAGAGCCAAUGCCACCUUGCGGCAGCAAAUGGGCGAAGCUUAA